AAUCAGCUUGUUGUUAUUGUUUUCGAUCAUAUUUUGACGGAAGCGAUGUAUUCAAAGUGAGAAUCUGUCUUUCAUCAUCAGGAUUUCAGACAGAUGCCUUGCAAAGCCGAUUAUGCAAUUUGACAUGGACAGGUAGACAUGCACUUACGAACAAAACAACGCUCAAAAAGCCACGUGCUUACAAUAGCACUUAUUAAUCACGCUAAAAUUCUUCAAUUCAGUUUGCUUACCUCCCUUGGAAAAUUUUGACUUAAGGAGUGGUAGGGCUCGGAAAUGGUGUAUUUACUUAAGUAGUAAUGUUUUGGCAAUAUGCCUUCAAGCAAUGCUAUACCAAAAACCUAAUCAUUUCACACUGUUUCGCAUCGGUUAUAUAAAGUUCAGUUUAAUUAGACGGAAACAAGAUGACAAACUGUAAGGGUUAUGAGGUGAACUCUCUUAUUGUACAUAUGAACUGUCUCAAGUGUACAGGGGAGGUGUCUGUGUGUGCAGUACAGGGGAAAUGACUUGUUUCAGUUUCUGUUUGUUGGCCAUCAGCUAUUGUUUGUUGACCAGAUAAUAAUUUCACAUGGGGAUAUGUUGAUCUAGUGUCAAAAGGUAAAAAAAUGUGGUAGCAGCAACAUUAAUUUUUUAGAUUACAGUUAACAAGAGAUUCUCUUAAAAUGGGUAACAAAAAUUCUUUGGAAUAUCAACAAACUGGCCUUGGAUUUGCUGACUUGACCACAAAAGAGGGAAAAGAAGAGAUCAACAAUGCUUCCAGAGCUCAGCUACGCAACACCGUAAGGAAACUUGUAGUUGAGCUUAAGGUUCGCCAUGGAAUUAUUGCCCUAUUAAGUAACCAACAAGUAACUGACCGUGAAUUGGAAUCCAAAGACUGCUUCAAUCACCAAGUGAGAAUUGUUCGGGAAGCAGUCAAUGUUAUCAAAGAGCUCAACCAAAGAGUGGAAGAAGCCGAGCAAAGAGUGGAAGAGGCCGAGGAUGAAAACAAUGUACUGAAAACAGAGAUCGAGGGAAUUCGUGAAGGAAUUCAAAAGGUCACCGGACUGGGCCAAGCCUAUAAAACACAUAUCAAAGGCUUAGAGGCUCAGAUUCAAGAGGCACAAAACGAAAUAUUCAGCCUUAGAGACAUAAACAAACAACUGAGAAAUGAACUCAGCAAAGGAAAAGAUCACUCUGGUAAUAAUGAGAAAUACCAAAGAUGUAUAAAACGCAGUUGUAAGAAUUGUGAGUAUUUAAUGUUAGAGAUGGAACUUAUUAAACUCAAUGAUAUUUUACAGAGUAAUGAAGAAUCAACUGUACUGAAAGAGCAGUUAGAUACUGUGAAGAGAGAAAACCAAAAAAAUAAAACGCUUGAAAGACAACUUUCACGGCAGUUGAAGGAAACAUGUGCUGAGCUCGAAAGCACACGCCACCAACUUCGAGAGCUUGAUGAAUAUUUUACUGACAUUGAAAGACAGAAAGGAGUGUUACAACAACAAAUGAAGGAGGAACGAGAAGAAAUGCUUAUGCAAAUCCAACAACUUCAAUGCGAUCUGAAUAAAGUUGAGGGCGAACGUAAAAACAUAAACUUAAAAAUGAACACCAUCUCUCAAAAAGUAGGUCAACAAGAGGAAGAAUACAAUAACUUAGUGAUCAAGAUGGUGGAAGAUCACAAACAGCAUAUAAAUGAAUGCAGGGAAAAAUGUAGGAAGAUACAGCACCUCGAGGAACAAGUCUCGGAGAAUAAGAAAGCACGACGAUGCGUUGUUUGUCUUGAACGACUUAAAUGUGUAGCGUAUAUGCCAUGUAAACAUCUGGCGACGUGUGAGCAAUGCGAUCACAGACUUUCACAGCGGGUAUGUCCAAUUGACAGGACGCAGAUUGAAGGAUCUGUUAAAAUUUACAACUAGUGAAGCAUACUGUAUGAUGCUAAGUACAGUGUAAAUAAUCAAUAUAAGUUAAUUUCAGAAGUUAUAAAUAUUAUCAAUAUCUAUCUCAAAAAUAACAGUGACAUAGGAUCAGUGGCGGACCGUAGGGUAAAUUGCAGGGUAUGCCAGGUAUUGACAUAUCUAGAAUGUGCAAGGGGCGCGCACGUUCCUCCCCCUACCCCUGAAAAACAAUACUCGCCCAUUC